UGUGCUCUUAGGGGGCGGCCGCGGACGCUAGGCUCUUGCACGUGGGUUUGCACACAGCGUUUACCCGUGUGCAUAACGCUCACGCACGCGCACUUACGUGCUCACCCUUAGUCGUGCGGUCUCGUUAUUCCUAUUUUUCUGGGAGCGGCGGAGCUGACCCAGCGGUGGGAGAUGUCCAAGCUGCCCGCAGACAGCAGUGUCCCGUCGACGGACGCGGCGAAUGACAACGGUGACAUCCCGCAGGCGGAGGUAGGCAGAGGGAGGCGGGAGCCAGCCCUGGCGCCGCCUGUGGAGGCCAGGGAAGAUCCGAUGGCGGCGCCGAGGGAAGGUCCGAUGGCGGCGGCCAGGGAAGUUCCGAUGGCGGUGCCGAGGGAAGGUCCGAUGGCGGCGCCCAGGGAAGGUCCGGUGGCCGCGGCCAGGGACGCCCGGAUGGCAGAGGUCGCCCGAUUAUUGGCGGACCCAGCGGAAGAAGAGGGGCCUGAGGGCAGACCCCGGUCCAGGCCGGGGAACGGCCCAGGCCUGGCUGCAUUGCCGUAUCUCCGUCUCCGUCACCCGCUUCGAGUUUUAGGAAUUAAUUACCAGCAGUUCCUCCGCCACUAUCUGGAAAACUACCCGAUUGCUCCGGGCAGAAUACAGGAGCUUGAAGAACGCCGCAGGAGAUUUGUGGAAGCCUGCAGAGCCAGGGAAGCGGCGUUUGAUGCCGAAUAUCAGCGGAAUCCUCGAAGGAUGGAUUUUGAUGUUUUAACAUUGACUAUAGCUCUGACUGCAUCUGAAGUUAUCAAUCCUCUGAUAGAAGAACUUGGUUGUGAUAAGUUUAUAAGUAGAGAAUAGUUUAGUGACGAAGCUACUUAAAGAAGAACGUCUGCAUUCAAGACAGUCAUACCAAUCCUGCAACUUGACUUUUAAAAGUCAAAGUAUAUGACAAUAUAGUUUAAAAAAGAAGAAGAAGAAAGCUUCUCAUGAAAAAGCAUCAGAAAAGAAAUAGAAGAAAAGGUCAAAAGGACUCCUCUAAAAUCCUUUGAGUUUGUGAUUGAUAAAGAUUCUUUUCCCUGCAUUGUAGAAACGUCUUUCAAAAUUGCUUCACUAAAGUGAAGAAUAGUUUUAUAAAAUUGAGGUUUGAUAAAGAAAAAUUGCCAGUAACGGAACUAAUGAUGAUGAAAGAAAUUCUCAAAUAGCAAUGAUAGAAAUAUGAGUUCCAGCUGAGUUACUAGGACUGGAAGGCCAUGGGGAGAAUGUGAAAUUGUCAGAAUAUGUGCUUUCUUCCUGUCAGAUUCAACAGAAGUUUUUAGUGUAAGAUUGGUUUUGUGUUUUCUGAGGCAUUUCAAAGGGCAAGCAAAAUAAAUACUGUAUAUAUUACAUGAUUAUGUGUUCAAAAAUAUCUGAAAUUUCCGAGUUUUAUCUUUCAUUCAGUUUUUAAUACUUUUUUUGGUAAAUAAUCUAUUUAUAAGCUCCCAAAAUAUAAAAUGUACAAUGAAAAGUCUUCCAUCCCUGUCCCCCUCGCUCCACUACCUACCUCAGUCCCCAUCUGUAACCCCAAUACCUUGUCUAUCCUUCCAGUGUCCCUGUAUACACAAGCAAAUACAAAUCUGCUUGUGUAUACAGGGGCUUUUCAUUUUUUUCACAAAAGUUGGCAAGUUAUAUUUAGUGAUUUAUGCAUUGCAUUUUCAGUAAGAACUUAUCUUAAAGAUCAUUCCAAACCACGACAUUUCCUCAUUCUUUUGUAGAGCUGCAUUUUAUUUCAUUCUGUGGUUAUGGUGUAAUUUACUUAACCAGGAAUAUAUUGAUGGUUAUUUAGGUUUUCUUCCCAUCAUUUUAUAUUGGCCAAAAAAUUUGCUAUCUUAAUCUAGUAUGCAUAUCAUAGGGCAUGUGCACAAAUACAGUAUUGCUGUGAUUCUAAGUAUACUUUUCAUAUAUCAACGUCUCUGAAAUUGAGGUAUAUCUUACAUUUGAUGGCAUAAUAACAGCAUUUUCAUAAAAACAAUGCUGUACUUUAUAACCAGCAGCUUCUUAGAUUCUUCGUUGUGUAUAAUAUCUGUAGCAUGAAUUUCCAAAAGUGAGAAUUCUGAGCCAAAUGCACUCAUUUGAAAGUUUAUAGAUAAUGCUUAUUAGCCUUCCAUACAUGUUGCACCAUUUUACACCCCCACCCCCAGCAACUGAUGAACACAGACGCUUCCUUACAGCCUGGCCAACACAAUGUCAUCAGAUGUCUGGUGUUUGCCAAUCUAUAUAGUUGAAAAAUGGUAUAUCAAUUUUAAUUUGCUUUCCUCUCAUUCUGAGUGAAGUUAAUUAUCUUUUCAUUUGAAUCAUAUAUAUUUCUUUUUCCACGGACUAUCUGUUCACAUCCUUUUUCCACUUCUCUCGUGAAUAAUUUUGUCCUUUCUUUAUUAACUCUAGUAACUAUUACUGAAAUAGUGAGAUGAGAUAUGAUAAUAGCUUAUAAUGUGAGUUAUGGAUUUUUUUUCCCAGUUUGUCAUUUGCUUUUGGUUUUCCUGAAAGACUUUUGGCAUGAAGAUUUUUGCUUUUGUUUCUUUUAAACCCUCAAGAUUUUGAAUCUCAGGUUUUCUUGGUGUGUGUGUGUGUGUGUGUGGUUUCAUUGUUCAUAUUCGAAUCUUUAAACCUUUUGGAAUUUAUCCUGAUGUACAGUAUGAGGUAAGGAUCCAAAAUUUCCUUUUUAGAUGGCUACCUGGCUAUCCCAGUACCACUUAGUAACUAGUCCAUAUUUUCCCCAUUAACUUAGCUUAAAGAUGCCUCUUCAUCAUUUACUAAACUGUAUUUUAAAUUCUCUAACUAGUUUUAUGUUUAGUAAUGCUCAAACCUCUGAUUAUACUUCAUUUUCAGAGUGUUUCUGGCUAUUUUUGUUUAUAUUACUAUUACUACAUCAUUCACAAAGGCAGUUUAUCUUAGUUUACCAUGUGUGUCAGUUUCUGGUGUACAGCAUAAUGUUUCAGUCAUACGUAUACAUACGUAUGUUUGUUUUCAUGUUCUUUUUCAUUAUAGGUUACUGCAAGAUAUUGAAUAUAGUUCCCUGUACUAUACAAAAGAAACUUGUUGUUUAGCUAUUUUAUAUAUAGUAGUUAGUAUCUGCAAAUCUUGAACUCCCAACUUAUCCCUUCCCACCUCCUUCCUCCCUGGUAACCAUAAGUUUGUUUUCUGUGUCUGUGAGUCUCUGUUUUGUAAAUAAGUUCAUUUGUGUCUUUUUAGAUUCCACAUAUAAGUGAUAUGGUAUUUUUCAGGGAGGGUAUAGCUCAGUGGUAGAGCACAUGCUUAGCAUGUGUGAGGUCCUGGGUUCAAUCCCCAGUACCUCCAUUUAAAAAAUAAUAAUUAAAAUAAAUAAAUGUAAUUACCUCCCCCCAAAAUAAAAAUAUUAAAACAUA